GUUGCGCCAUCUCUACUGCUUUGUUCUUCUUCUCCUCCUCCUCCUCUUUCUUACUUAUUUCCUCUCCAAGAAAAGUUCAAAAACUGACUUCUUUUUUUAUUAUUAAUUUUAUUUUUAGUCCUAUGAUAAUAAUUGCACGUUCACAUUCUGGUCUAUUUAUUAUGGUCUUCAACAGCACUUCUCAAUUUCAUUUCAAAACUUACAAACUCUGUUUUGCGUUCUUGUCUGCAAGGCGGAGAUUGCACUGUCUUCCUCUGAGUUGUUAUAAAUAAAACUAAACUCUUACCUAUUUUGUUCACUCCUUUUCUUGUCUGAUCACCUGUUCCUCUGUUUUAACCUUCAAAAUUUCUAAACUUCUUACCUGUUUUCCCCCUUCUCAUUCUUGUUACUGUUAGCAAAUUCCUUCUCUUUUCAAUUUUCUGUUUCUGGGUUUUUGAUUUUUGUGCCGUUUGGCCUCUUGGGUUUUAGCUGUUUUCGGGUUUCUGUAUUUUACAGUCAGCUAUUCCCUCUUUAAUCUUUGGUGUCUUUCUGGGUAUUUGUACUUUUCUUUUUGACUAUUUUGGUUUUGGUGAUUCUGGGUUCUUUCUCUUCAAAGGUGCAAACUUCAAUUCUUGUUCUUUUGAUAUUUAUUGGAACAGGUUCUGCUUUGGGUGUCUUUUGCUAACUUGUUUCUUCAAAAGCAGCUGCAUUAAUCAGCUUAAAUUUACCUUCAAGAAAGUGCAAAAAGAAAAUAUAAAAUAAAAGGGAAGUAGUGUGUUACCGUCAGCAGAAUUCAGUAAUUGACAGUUGGGAAUCUUUACAAAUUAUUACAUUACUGAAAGGUUGUGUCCAUUGCUUGUGAGUUAUAUUUCCUUUUUCAGAAGAAGCUGCAUUUAUCAGUUGCCAAUUUGCUCUCUCAAAAAAGACAACACCAAAGUUGUGUUCUUUAAACAUUAAAUAAAGAGCAUCAAAGAGUUAAAAAAUAAUGGCUGGUGGCAGAAGGAGGAAAUUACGUCUUAGCAAGAUCUACUCAUUUGGAUGUGGCAAGUCAUCAUUUCAAGAAGACCAUUCACAGAUAGGGGGACCAGGGUUUUCAAGGAUUGUUGUUUGCAAUGAACCUGACAGUUUGGAAGCUGGGAUUAGAAAUUACACCGAUAAUUAUGUCAGGACUACUAAGUAUACUCCUGCUUCUUUCUUGCCUAAAUCAUUGUUUGAGCAGUUUAGAAGAGUUGCAAACUUUUACUUCUUGGUUAGUGGGAUAUUAUCUUUCACUCCUCUGUCUCCUUAUGGAGCUAUCAGUGCUAUUAUCCCUCUCGUCUUUGUUGUUGGAGCUACCAUGGUUAAGGAAUUAAUUGAAGAUUUGAAGAGAAAGCAGCAGGAUAUCGAGAUGAAUAAUAGAAAAGUUAAAGUGCAUCGAGGUGAUGGUGUUUUCAAGCAUACAGAAUGGAAGAAUCUGAGAGUGGGAGAUAUAGUGAAGGUGGAGAAGGAUCAAUUCUUUCCAGCAGACCUUCUUUUGCUUUCCUCUAGUUAUGAUGACGCAGUCUGCUAUGUUGAGACCAUGAACCUUGAUGGAGAGACAAAUUUGAAAGCAAAACAGGCAUUGGAGACAACUGCUGACUUACAUGAGGAUUCAAACUAUAAGGAUUUCAAGGCUACUGUCAAAUGUGAAGAUCCAAAUGCAAAUUUGUACGCCUUUAUUGGAACAUUGGAUUUUGAAGAAAACCAGUAUCCACUCAGUCCUCAACAGCUUCUCCUUAGAGACUCAAAACUUAGAAAUACAGAUUAUGUAUUUGGGGUAGUUGUCUUCACUGGACAUGAUACAAAGGUUAUGCAAAAUUCUACAGCUCCUCCUUCAAAGAGAAGCAGAAUUGAAAGGAAGAUGGAUCUAAUUGUCUACGUCUUGUUGAGUUUUGUAUUUACAAUGGCACUCGUUGGAUCUAUUGUGUUUGGUGUUGAAACUGAAAACGACCUAGACGGAAAUGACAGGAUGAAAAGGUGGUAUCUCAGACCUGAUGAUUCUACAGUUUACUUCGACCCAAAAGAAUCAUCAACUGCAGCUUUUCUUCACUUUCUGACUGCUUUAUUGCUAUAUACCUACUUCAUCCCCAUCUCUUUAUAUGUGUCAGUAGAAGUUGUUAAAGUUCUUCAAACCAUUUUCAUCAAUCGAGAUAUUCAAAUGUAUCAUGAGGAGACUGACAAACCAGCACAUGCCCGUACCUCAAAUUUGACUGAGGAACUUGGGCAAGUGGACACAAUACUUUCUGACAAGACUGGAACAUUGACAUGCAAUUCCAUGGAGUUCAUCAAGUGUACUGUGGCUGGGACAGCUUAUGGCCGUAGUGUUACAGAAGUUGAGAGGGCUAUGGAUAGAAGAAAAGGUACUGGAGAGGUUCAAGAAGUAAAUGGUCGGGAUCAUAGCAAGGAUUCUUCUAAGAAUAAAAAACCACCUGUUAAAGGCUUUAAUUUUGAAGAUGAAAGGAUUAUGGAUGGAAACUGGAUUCAUGAGCCUAAUGCUCGUGUUAUACAACAGUUUUUACGUUUGUUGGCAGUCUGUCACACUGCUAUAGCUGAUGAGGAUGAAAAUACUGGGAAGGUUUCAUAUGAAGCUGAAUCACCAGAUGAAGCAGCAUUUGUGAUUGCAGCAAGAGAACUUGGUUUUGAAUUCUGCAACAGGACUCAAACAGGUGUCACAGUGCGGGAGUUGGAUCUGGGGUCCGGAAGGCGAGUUGAAAGGUCGUAUAAAUUCUUGAAUGUUUUAGAGUUUAACAGUGCAAGAAAGCGAAUGUCUGUGAUAGUGAGAGAUGAGGAUGGAAAGCUAUUAUUACUUUCCAAAGGUGCUGACAGUGUCAUGUUUGAAAGGCUUGCUCUAAAUGGUAAGGAGUUUGAAGAGAAGACAAGGGAGCAUGUGAAUGAGUAUGCAGAUGCAGGCUUGAGGACUCUGUUACUUGCCUACCGGGAACUUGAUGAAGAAGAAUACAAAGACUUCAAUCGGAAGUUCACUGAGGCAAAGAAUUCAGUAAGUGCAGAUCGGGAAGCAAUGCUUGAGGAAUUGUCAGAGAGGAUGGAGAGGAAUCUAAUUCUUCUCGGUGCAACUGCUGUUGAAGACAAACUUCAAGAAGGGGUUCCUGAAUGCAUUGACAAGCUUGCCCAAGCUGGAAUUAAGAUCUGGGUUUUGACUGGAGAUAAAUUGGAGACCGCCAUCAACAUUGGUUAUGCUUGCAGUUUGCUUAGACAAGGAAUGAAGCAAAUUUUAAUCGGUUUGGAGAGUCCAGAGAUUCAAGCAUUGGAAAAAGCAGGGGACAAGAACGCCAUUACCAAGGCAUCAAGGGAAAGUGUUUUACGCCAAAUAAAUGAUGGGAAGGCUCAGAUAAGUGGAUCAGGAGGUUAUGAUGCAUAUGCAUUGAUAAUUGAUGGGAAAUCACUUACUUAUGCUUUGGAGGAUGACAUAAAGAAACUGUUUCUAGAGCUUGCUAUCGGUUGUGCAUCUGUAAUUUGCUGCCGAUCAUCACCUAAACAGAAGGCACUGGUCACUAAACUAGUGAAAGAAGGAACUGGAAAAACAACAUUGGGAAUUGGUGAUGGUGCCAAUGAUGUGGGUAUGCUUCAAGAAGCAGAUAUUGGAAUAGGAAUCAGUGGUGUUGAAGGAAUGCAGGCUGUUAUGUCGAGUGAUGUAGCAAUUGCUCAGUUUCGGUAUUUGGAGCGUUUGCUUCUCUUGCAUGGACAUUGGUGUUAUAGGAGGAUCUCAACAAUGAUAUGCUACUUCUUCUACAAAAAUAUCACAUUUGGCUUCACUCUUUUCUUAUACGAGGCAUUUGCAUCAUUCUCUGGGCAACCUGCAUACAAUGAUUGGUUUAUGUCCUUGUAUAGUGUCUUCUUCAGUUCGUUUCCUGUAGUUGCUUUGGGUGCUCUUGACCAGGAUGUACCUGCAGAAUCUACCUUUAAGUUUCCUCAGUUGUACCAACAAGGGGUGCAAAAUGUACUCUUCAGCUGGCGCAGAAUACUCAGUUGGAUGUUCAAUGGGAUCUAUAGUGCAAUUAUCAUUUUCUUCUUCUGCAUGAGAGCAUUGGAGCAUCAAGCCUUCAACGAAGAUGGAAAAACUGUUGGGAGGGACGUCUUAGGGGCAACCAUGUACACAUGCGUCGUGUGGGCUGUGAACUUGCAAAUGGCACUCCUUGUUAACUAUUUCACUGUGGCACAGCAUGUCUUAGUCUGGGGUUCUAUUGCUUUGUGGUACAUAUUUCUAAUGAUCUAUGGUGCCGUAAGUCCCAUAGGUUCUGGCAAUGCUUACAUGCUCUUCGUAGAAGCCCUUGCCCCAGCAGCCUCGUUCUGGCUUGUCACUAUAUUUGUCGUGAUCGCCACCCUCGUCCCAUAUUUCACCUUUUCAGCCAUUCAGAUGCAGUUCUUUCCCAUGUACCAUCAGAUGAUACAAUGGAUGAAUCGCGAAGGACAAUCAGAUGACCCCGAGUUUUGUGAAAUGGUGCGCCAGAGAUCAGUGAGACCAACUUCGGUGGGUUUCACAGCACGUAAAGCAUCGACUAGACGCUCAUAGAGCCCGAGUCAGAAUCACAUGGAAAUCUCAGCUAAUCAUUCUUGGAUGUCAUCUGUUAACAGUUUUCUGUUUUGGUUGGUUAUCUACUCAAAAGCUGACCUCUCCCUGCACGAUCUAUCUACACUCAAGUCCUGAAGCCUUCUAUUGACAGGAAGGUAUUCUCCAUGAAUUUGAAUAGAUGACUCUUAUGGAAGCGUUAUACCGCUUAUCCUAGGCCAAAAGGAUGUGAAUUUUGUUUUUAUUUUUAUUUUUCCCUUCACCAUACUUGUAAUUUUAUUUUUAUUUUUAAAAUUUGUUGUCGUGCAUCUUAUAUUAUUUGUAAAAUGUUACUUAGUACAGAAGUGAGAAAAAUGCAUUAUUCUA